CGCGCGCUGGGAUGGCUCCGGAAGGCGGAAGUUGUCGUUACUAAGGCAACCAAGUGGGCAAACAAGCACGAGCACAUCUGAACAACUCGGCAAACUUGCUUCUUUUUGUUUAGCUACUUUUAGCGGAUUAAAUUUUUCGUUUUUGUUGUCUGUGUUGUUAAGUUUGUCGCUUGGUGCUCCAUUUUUUUUAAUUUUUUUAUUUUUUUUAUUUAAUUUUAAUUGUAAUUCAACGUCCUAGUCAAAUGGCAGGCAAGAAGAAGGAGGCAAGCCUACAGGCUUCUGUCACAAACCAAGAACAGUGGGAGGAAAUGCUUGCCACCAAGGGGUUAACAGUUGUCGAUGUGUACCAGCAGUGGUGUGGCCCCUGUCGAGCUGUGGUUAGUCUCCUCCGAAAAAUAAAGAACGAACUGGGUGAUGACCUCCUACAUUUUGCCACAGCAGAGGCAGACAGCAUCGAUGCACUGGAAAGGUAUCGAGGGAAAUGUGAACCCACCUUUCUCUUCUAUGGGGGUGGGGAACUGGUGGCCGUGCUGAGAGGGGCCAAUGCACCUAUGCUUCAGAGGAUGAUUUUGGAUCACUUGGCCAAAGAGAAGGAGGUCCUUGAGCAGGGAGGCGAACGCAAAGUGGUUAAAGAUGAUGGUCUGGUGGAUGAUGAGAACAAAGGAGAGGAGGAGCCGCCUCAGCCAUCAGAAAACGAAGAAAGCAUAAUUGUUCCUGCCAGUAAAUCCUACACAGUUGCCAUCAUUAAACCAGAUGCUGUUGCUCAUGGCAAGGCAAAUGAGAUCAUAAUGAAGAUACAAGAUGCUGGGUUUGAGAUCCUGGCCCACGAAGAGCGCACACUUACUGAUGCUGAAGCUCGAGACUUUUACCAGCACAAGGCAGCAGAGGCUUCCUUCGAGGACUUGGUGCAGUUCAUGUCCAGUGGCCCCUCCCAUAUUCUGGUGCUCUCUCAGGUAGAGGGCUUGGCUGGCGUUGUACCAGCAUGGCGCGAGUUCAUUGGCCCAGCAGACAUAGAGGAAGCCAGAAGAGAGAAACCAGAAAGCUUGCGGGCACAAUACGGGACAGAGACACUAUUCAACGCAGUGCACGGUAGUGAGGACAGCGACCAGGCCAGCAGGGAGCUCGCCUUCUUCUUCCCCAACUUUAGGACGGCCUCGGUAAUAGAGCAGGAUGGGGAGGAAGAUCGUGUGGAGAGGACACUGGCUCUUAUCCGGCCUAACGUUGCCAGGGAGUACAGAGAUGACAUCUUGGCCCAGAUCCACAAGUCAGGCUUCACGAUAGCCCUCCAAAGAGACAUGGUGUUGACAGAGGAGCAGGUCAGACAGUUUUACUUUAACCAUGUUGAUGAGGACUACUUCCCCGCACUGCUCAAAAGCAUGACAAGUGGACCAGUGUUAGCUUUGGCUCUUGCCAGAACUGGCGCUGUCCAUCACUGGAAGAACAUCCUUGGUCCUUCUGACGUGAGUAAAGCCAGGGAGGAGUGUCCUGACUGUCUAAGGGCCCAGUUUGCUGUGGAGAAUGAGCCUCUCAACCAGCUUCAUGGCAGCGCCACCCAAGAGGAGGCGGAACGAGAGAUCAACUUCUUCUUCCCCAAACAACAGACUCUGGCUGUGAUCAAACCUGACGCGAUGGAGGAACACAGAGAGGCGGUUUUGGAGGAGAUCCGUGGCAGAGGUUUCUCUGUAACGCAGCUGAAGGAGACGGUGCUGUCACGGGAGAUGGCUGAGGAGUUUUACAAAGAGCACAGGGAGAAGCCUUUCUUCAGCCAGCUGGUGGAAUUCAUGUGUCGAGGGCCCUGUAUGAUGCUGGUCCUGACCAAGGAAAACGCAGUGGAAGAGUGGAGGGCCAUGAUGGGCCCCACCAACCCAGAGACAGCCAAGGAAACAUCCCCACAGUCUCUAAGGGCCCGCUUUGCUGCGGACGUCCUUCACAACUCGGUUCACGGCUCCUCCAACGAGCAGCAUGCAGAGGAGAAGAUCCGUUUUAUCUUCGGUGACAUCAGCACCGACACACAACUCGCCGACGAUGAGAAUGAUGGAGACACUGACAAAUCAACUGCAGCACAAGAGGAAGGCAGUUCUGCAGAUGAAAUUACAGGAAUGUCAAGAUCUUCAACAGAAGAAAUACCCAAGAACUAUCACCAAAAUCAAGAUGACUCACCCGAUUCAAACCCUUCCAGUCCACAAACAGGAGGAAGUGGUGAGCCAGAGCACUCAAACUGAAACAACACCCAGUAUUUUCCCUCUAUUAUGGGCUCAACGCGUAUCAUCAUGGGAACAAAGCAACACCUGUCAUUCAAUGAAUCGUGAAAUAAACAAGACAAAUAUAUCAGACAUUCA